AUAAUCCUUUUGAAUCGCAAUGCAAUGCACUUAUUUUGUGGUGCAAAUUGGUUAGUGACGGGACGUGUGCUCGUAGUGCGAGUGUGCAGUGCAACUAGCGAGGACUUGUAACUGGUAACCAACGGUGUACUACUGGAGUAUAGUUGUGUUACUGAUACACUGUACUGAGUUUUCCGGCAAGUGACCUGUGGGAAAUAGCGCGAGUGACUACUUGUCUUUAUAGCAGUCACGACGCCCAAAGCAAGUUGCUUGGAAUGGCGUCUCGAAUUGAAGAAGACCCAUUGACUCCAGAAGUUAGAGGUGACACGCUCUAAGUUCGGCACACAACGUGGCAAACAGGCCGCAAUGGCAUUUGAACCCAAAUCUAGUGAUGUAUUCAUCACGACCAUUCCCAAGGCGGGCACAACGUGGAUGACGCAAAUAUGCCAUCAGCUACGCACCGGUGGUGAUAUGGAUUUCGGUGAGAUCACGGAGGUGGUGCCUUUCCUGGAAUCUGCUGUGGAUUUGGGACUGAAUUGUGAUGACAAACAGCGAGCUGAGCCAAGGCUGUACAAAACCCAUUUCACAGAGGCGUCGUGUCCCAAGGGCGGAAAGUAUAUCACCGUAGUACGUCACCCAUAUGAUGUAACUGCAUCGGAGUAUAAGUUUGUUAGUGGCUGGUUGUUUGCUGAGGAAGACAUCGGGCCAGAUCACUUCAUACAGCAGGUAACCUUGAAGGGACCAAUCCCACAAACAAUAACGGGUGAGGCCAGUAGAAACACAACACCUUUGGAUCACUACAUGGGCUGGUGGCCUCGACGACAUGACAAGGAUGUCUUGUUUGUGUUCUACGAGGACAUGAAAGAGGAUCUGGAGCGGGAGGUGAAGCGUGUUGCAGAGUUUAUUGGAGUUGACGACGCCAGUGCGGUGGAAACGGCCUUGAAACGAUCGACGUUUGAUUACAUGUACGAGCAUCGCGAGCAGUUUAAUGAUAGCUUGGUGAAAACGGCGCGCAAUGGCCCUAUGGGAUUGUUGCCGUCAGCGGGGAUGCAGCUGGGUAAAGUGGCAACAUCGGGUGGCAAGCGACACUUGCUGAACGAUAACACACGAGGUCUCUUGGACGCUGCGUGGGAGAACACAUGCCUACCCGUAACAGGUGCAAAGGACUAUGAAGAGUGGAGGAGGAUGUGGCAAGCCGAGCGAGCCAAACAAUAAUUGACUUUCAUCUAUCUCAUGACUCUCAGGUGUGUUGGUCAAAACGCACUGUCUGUGGUGUGGUGAAGUUUGGAGUUGGCUAAAUGUUUAAAUGUUACUGUAACAGUAAGCAUACUAAUUUACUAGCAGCUCCAGUCGACACAACACAUCGAACUCACUCCUUCUGGACUAACCAAGAACUGAGGGGAAACCCUCGUCGUGGCCAGCUUCAUAUUUCAGAAUAAAUGCAGGGAGUCAUAUUCGACUCCCUGCUGUGUUCAGAGUACGGUGUGGGAGGUAGAAUAAGGAUGUGUGUAGAGAAAUAGUUGUCCAUUAUGCAUGAAUAAUAAUAAGUAAUUCGGGGAUCACCAUACAGAGCAUGCAGAAAGAGUGUAAGUCAUUAUGUGAU